AUGGAGUUUAUUGCAACGCUGAUUUUAUCAGUGAUUAUACCAGGUUUAGGCAUGCUAAAGAAAUCACUAACAAUCCCAGGAGCAAUAUUUGCGUUUGCAACUGCAAUGCUCCAUUUUGCGCCUGGACUAACUCCCGCUAUCUACGUAUCAACGUUUUUCAUCACGUCGUCUGCACUCACCAAAGUUGGAAAACAAAAGAAGAAAACAAUUGAAGCAACAUAUGCAAAAGAAUCAGUGAGAGGCGUCGAACAAGUCUUUUGCAACAGUUUAAUUCCUUCAAUAUGUUGUUUAUUGAUAUAUUUUAUGAAAGGGACAUACAAAAUAGAAUAUUGCAACACCCCAACAACUUUGGAGACCCUUAUAUAUGGGAUGAUACCAGGGUUCUACAGCUGCACAAAUGGAGAUACUUGGUCGUCUGAGAUCGGGGUAUUGAGCAAAACACAACCAUUCCAUUUGACUCUAUUUAAACGUGUUCCAACCGGAACAAAUGGCGGAGUAAGCUUAGUUGGAGUUGUCGCGGGGUUAUUAGGUUCUUUACUCAUUGGAACAAUUGCUGCAUUAUCGCAGACUCUAAUAUGUGGAUUCGAAGUACAUUCUGCUUUCUUGGUUUUGACUUCAGUCACUAUAAGUGGAGUCAUUGGGAACUUUUUAGAUAGUCUAAUUGGUGGAACACUUCAAUACUCCGGGUGGGAUAAUGUUAACAAACGUGUUGUGAGAGAAAACGGCGAAAACGUGACUAGGAUUUGUGGACAAGACAUCUUGUCAAAUUCAAUGGUCAAUUUGAUCACUUCUACAAUAUCAGGUGUCAUCUGCGCUACACUCUUUGUGUAUUUCUCACUCUAA